CUGUUGCAGGCGCGCGGACCUAAGAAGCACAUGAAGCGGCUUGCCGCCCCUUCUCACUGGAUGCUCAACAAAGUCACUGGGCAGUAUGCACCCCGUCCAUCCCCAGGUCCUCACAAGCUGCGGGAAUGUCUGCCUUUGGCAAUUCUUCUCCGCAACCGUCUGAAGUAUGCAUUGACAUACCACGAGACCAAGCUGAUUGUUAUGCAGCGGCUGGUUAAGGUGGACGGCAAGGUGAGAACCGACCAGUGCUACCCUGCAGGCUUCAUGGAUGUUGUUUCUCUGGACAAGACGAAGCAGCAUUUCCGCCUUCUUCUGGACACCAAGGGACGUUUUGUGCCUCGCGCCAUUACCUCCGAGGAGGCCACGUACAAGCUUUGCAGGGUAAAGAAGGUGCUUGUCGGCCCUAAAGCCAUUCCUAUGCUGGUCACUCAUGACGCAAGAACCAUCCGCUUCCCUCAUCCAAAUAUCAAGGUACACGACACUGUCAGAAUCAACAUCGCCGAUUCCAAGAUCCUGGAUACGUACAAGUUCGAGGUCGGAAACUUGGCGAUGGUGACGGGCGGUCACAACGUUGGGCGUGUGGGUACGAUUAUGCAUCGAGACCGCCAUCUGGGAAGCUUCGAUAUAGUCCAUCUUAGGGAUUCCAGAGGAAAUGAGUUUGCCACUAGGAUUAGCAACGUUUUCGUCAUUGGCAAGGGCGAUAAACCCAUGGUCUCGCUUCCAAAGGACAAGGGUAUUCGGCUUUCCAUCUGUGAGGACAGGCAGCUUAAGCUCAAGAAGAACGCUGGCCUCAACCAUUGUUGCAACUAG